GAUUCGUGUCCUCUCCCGUGACAGCCCACGACUUGUCCCGGCUAGGGUCCGAUCUGUCAGUUGCCAUGGCGGCGGCUGCUGGCAGCCCCGGGGCGGCCUAUGAGUGUAAUAUCUGCCUGGAGACUGCCCGGGAGCCGGUGGUCAGUGUGUGUGGUCACCUGUACUGCUGGCCUUGUCUUCAUCAGUGGUUGGAGACCCGACCUGAUCGUCAGGAAUGUCCUGUGUGUAAGGCGGGUGUCAGCAGAGAGAAUGUUAUCCCAAUAUAUGGCAGAGGAGGCACGAACCAACAGGACCCCAGAUUAAAGACUCCACCUAGACCUCAGGGACAGAGACCGGAGCCAGAGAACAGAGCAGCAGGGGGGGUUCCAGGAUUCACAGACACAGGCUUCCACAUGUCUUUUGGCAUCGGAGCUUUCCCUUUUGGCUUUUUCACUACCGUCUUCAAUACUAAUGAAUUUCACUCCGCCCCCCGCGCAGAAACUGGGCUGGCUCCAGGAAGAUUUUUUGGAUUGCUGGAUUCCCUCUUCCUAUUGAUUGCCAUUUUCUUCUUUUUCUGGCUAAUCAGCGUAUGAGACCCAAACACUCCUGUACACUAGUACUCAAAAGCUGAGACUGCAGAACAAUCCCUCAUCCCAAGACACUUCUUGCAUUCUGAGCCCCCUUCCAGGGGAUAUUCCCAUAAUUAACACUCCAUGCCAUAUUGGACGGUUAAAAUAUAUAAUUCUAUAUAUUCCGACAACAAAGUCUUCAUGUAAAAUCAUUUUUUUUUUUCUUGCUGGGCACUUUAUAAACGUUAACUUUGAGGGUAUUGUAAAGUAUCUGAAAGCUUUAUUUGUAAUCCUAUACUGUACAUCACGUUUCUUUCCCCCCCACUCCUUUUAUUGCACAUUAUCAUCAGUUUACCUGGAAGAUCAUGGACUAAUUGUUGCUGGACUAUAGUGGUCCAGCAUGGCAACUUUUAGCGUCUUUUAUGUCUGAAUUAGUAAUUAUUCUCGUUCACUGACAUUAAGCUUUCAUAGUCUUUUUCAAUGUGGGGGCUUUUCACUAUGGUGCUUAUUCUCUAUAAAACUGCCCAAACCACAUCUAAAUUUUAAGUAUAGAAGGUUCUUUGUUUCAAAGAAUUGUAUAGGUUUACUAUUCUUUGUUUUGGUUUUCCUCUACUAGAGCACAACUAUUAUUUGUUUAGAAAAUGAAGUGGCCAUCAGGCUCUGACAUAGAUUACCAAGUUGUCUAUAAAAAUGCAGACACUAAAUGCACUAUACGUCCCUUAUGGGGAGUCCUUUCCAUUAAGGUUGUCAGCCUUAACUCUACUAACUGCUAUGACGCGCAUGUAUAACUUUCUUACUCCACUAGGUGACAGCACUGGCCUUAUAAGUGUGAGGUGUUGGUUUAUCCAUCAGAGAGACAGAGGUGCUGAUAAUCCAGUUAUAAAACACACUGAUAAAUUUGCUAAAUCAAAGCACUAUGCCCCAUGCAGUGGCUACCACUGAGUAACUGUACUUCAGGAAACUGGUUUUCUCAUUAAAAUAAUAUCUCCAUAAA